UCUCCGUGUUCCCGGGAGGUCACCCCGCGCGAACAGUAAUGAAUUUCCCCUCCAGAGGGCUGGGACACGACGCCGACGUCCCCCCCGUGGGCCGCGGCGCCUUGGAUCCUCUCCAGAGCCUGCUGUUCUCCGUUUCCUCAGAGCUGUCGGCCAAGGAGGUGAAGGACCUGACGUUCCUCUGCCGCGACAAAGUCCCGAAGGGAAAGAGUGAGACGGUGCAAGUCGGCCUGGAUCUCUUCAGCAUCCUGAGGGAGCGGGGGCACAUCGCGCCCGACAAUCUGGAGUUCCUGAAACAGCUGCUGCGGAAAAUCAGCAGGGUCGGCCUGCUGGCACUGGUGGAGCAGUUCGAGCAGGGGGAACUUCAGGCCCCUGAGGAUCAGCCAGAUGAGCAUGAAAAACGUCUCCUGGAGGUAGCUUUUCGUGUCAUUCAUGACAAUGUUGGGAGGGACUGGAAGAAGCUGAUGCGAGAACUCGGGCUGCCAGACGUGAAGCUGGACAAGGUGGAGGUGGCCAAUCGAUACGACCUGGGGGAAAUGGUUCUUCAGGGGCUUUGGGAGUGGCAGAAGUGGAAGGGGAAGGAUGCAAAGGUGGCUGACUUAAUAAAAGCCCUCCAGGGCUGCAACCUGAGAUUGGUGGCAGACCUGAUUGAAGAGAGGCUCUCACAGGUGAACAGUGGAACCCAAUGAAAACAGUGUAAAACUAUGAAUGAAAAAAGUCAGAGUGCCUUCUUCUCUUCUGCACCAAAAUAAUUAUCACUGGCUGCCACUUAUUUAUGUGCCUUAAUAAGUUAAUUUGUGCUCAGGUGAAACAGACAUGGAAACAGAUUCCUUUCAUAGAGCACUUUGUAGUUUGAUGCUUAUUUCAAGAUAUUUUAACUUUCACAAGAUCUGAACUCCCAUUAUAUAGAAAUUCUCAUGUUUUUGUUCUGCCACUCACCUGAAAAGAUUUGCUUUGCUGCAGACACUUUUCAGAUGCAUCUCCACUGGAAAUACAUCCAUGGGACACUUCUGAAACAACUGGAAUUUAAAAUUUCAUGGAGAUGUUGGAUUUUUUUUUUUUAUAAUGGCCUAUUAUAAAUACAGUGUGAAAGGGAGAAAGAGUAAAGCUUUCAGAUGGGUGCUGGCUUUUCUUUUGGAGUAGCAAAAAAUAAUAUCUUAGGAAAUUUGUCAGAUAUAUUUGCUCCCCAUGAAAGUAUAUUAAGACAACUGUAACCUCAGAGUGCAGGGCAAGAAGGACACUAAAUAUUGUGGUGGCUUUCUUGGGAAAAACGUGCCUGGAUUUGAAAUGGAAGUCAAAUGUCUGCACCAAGUGCCGUCAGCAUCCUGAAGUUCUCCUGAAACUGCCCAAGAGAAGAAGAUGUUCACAGCAGCCUCUUUCCAAAGCUGGGGAUGCUUUUCGGCUCCUUGCUGAGCAUCCUUCCGUGGCCUCUGUCACAGAGGCUGCUCCUGUGUGCUGGAAAGUGUGAGCCACUCUCAGGGGGAGCAGGAUGCACCAGCCUCUGUCAGAUGCAGCUCUCAGCUUUCAUCUGGAACAGCCUUCAGCCAGUGGCCUUCACACCUGACCUACAGCUGGAGAAACUGCACAAUUGCACAGUGGAGGACGUGCAGGGCUGUGGAGACUUCAGAGGGGAGAAUCCCAUGCUACUAUUACUGCUUGAGCAGCUGUAGGAUCCUGUGUUUCUGCAAACACCUCCCAAGUGCCUGGCCAGAUACUGGAAGAGGUUUUAUUGUUGCUGCACCUGUGGGAUUUCAGCUCUUUCCAAGCUGUUUUUAUGUGGUGCCAUUGCUGUGAAGGCCGGGUGUCAGCACAUGACCUGUCACUGCUCUGCAGAAAUGUUGUAACACUGAUCAUUUUCAAGUUUUCAUUGCACAUGGUGCCUUUUGCUCAAAUAGUUAUGCUUGAAUGCUUUAUUGUAGUUAGUGGAAACUGUAAGGCAUUGUAAGUUCACAUGACAGAAAAAUCAUUUCAGUCAGGGGUUUUUCCCCUUCAGUGAUUCUUUUCCACAUUCCUAGAAGUGCCCAGGGCCAGGCUGGAUGGGACUUGGAGCAACCUGGUCUGGUGGAAAGAGUCAUUGGUUGGAACUGGAUGAUCUUUUAGGUCCCCCCCUGCCCAAACCAUUGUGUGCUGAUUCUCAAUAUCUUUCCAGUUUGGUAUAUUUAAUAUCACUGGUUGUAUCCCAGCAAAGGAAUUGCCACCUGUCUGCCUUUUGGGCGAGUUCUUAUUCCCUUUACUUGUAUCAAUUGCCAAUUCCUGGCUCCCCAGGAGGAGGUGCUGAGGUGCAGCUGAGUGACAAGCUCAGGUGUUUUGGAGAUUUUUGUUUCACAGACAUCAGGUGUAUCCCUUCUGCAGUAUAUAAAGGAAAGGAUUGCUCCAGCAGCUUUUCCUUCCUGCCUCUGAGCAAUCCCUGGGAGCAGAGGAGUACAAGCGAGCAGGAUAUUAGGUGAGUGCUCAAACAGCUCCAAGUCUGCUGAAGUGCUUUUCUUAUCCACUUCUAGUAAGUCUUCUGCUUCACCGAGGAGAUUUAUGUGAAAUAGGAAGAGUAUACUGCAUACAGCCAGGAUAUUUUAGGUAUCAGUUGGAGUAACCUGUUUGUUGUAGCCAGGCACUCAUCAGCCUAGCCCUCACAAGAAAUAUUCUGCUUCAGGAGGUAAAAACCUUGUUUCUCUAAGGGUUUUGUACAUCCUUUUACUGUGUCUGAAGGAAAUGAUGUAGACUGCACCCAUCUGUGCCAUACUUCAGGGCCAAUUAAGAUCGUUUUUAUGAGAUACUCAAAUGUUGAUUAUGUCCCUUUUUACUGGGGGGAGGGAUAAAGGGUGCAAUUUGUAAGGGAGUGUUGUCUGAUCCAGUUGACAAUCUUAUUUUCAAAUUAAACACCUUGAACUCAUAUGCAUAUUUUUUAUAACUUGAAUUAAGAUUUUAUAUUGUAUA